CCAGCCCAGCACCCAGAGCCCACUCUUCCAGAGCCAGAAUCCCAGGCCCCUGAAGGGUCGCAGGCUGGAGCGGAGGGGCUCCCCAGCCCGGAGGCAUCGCGGAGCCCUGCACGGGGGGCCUACCUGCAAAGCCUGGAGCCCAGCAGCCGCCGUUGGGUGCUGGGCGGUACCAAGCCACCUGAGGAGGCUGCUUUGGGGCCCGGGGCACCCGGCAGCGGGGAGCCUGCCGGCGAGAUCUGGUACAACCCCAUCCCUGAGGAAGACCCCAGACCCCCAGCACCUGAGUCCGCAGGGACACAACCAGGCUCAGCUGAGCCAGAGGGCCCAGUCCCCCAAGGUACAGCCCCAGCCAGCCCCCUGACCAAAGCCUCCCGCACCAAGUCCCCGGGCCCCGCCAGGCGCCUCUCCAUGAAGAUGAAGAAGCUGCCGGAGCUGCGGCGCCGCCUCAGCCUGCGAGGUCCCCGGGCUGGUCGGGAGCGCGAGAGGGCCGCCCCGGCAGGCUCCGUCAUCAGCCGCUACCACCUGGACAGCAGCGUGGGGGCCCCCGGGCGGGCGGCAGGGACCGGGAGCACGCGGAACCCGAGGGCCGGUUACCUCAGUGACGGCGACUCGCCCGAGCGCCCAGCAGGACCCCCGUCGCCCACCGCCUUCCGGCCCUACGAGGUGGGCGCGGCAGCCCGGGCGCCCCCCGCCGCUCUCUGGGGUCGCCUCAGCCUGCACCUGUACGGGCUCGGGGGGCUGCGGCCAGCGCCGGGGGCCACCCCGAGAGACCUCUGCUGCUUGCUGCAAGUGGAUGGGGUGGCCCGGGCCCGAACGGGGCCACUGCGGGGGGGGCCGGACUUCCUGCGGCUGGACCACACCUUCCACCUGGAGCUCGAGGCUGCCCGGCUACUGCGCGCCCUAGUGCUAGCCUGGGACCCUGGAGUGAGACGGCACCGUCCCUGUGCCCAGGGCACCGUGCUGCUGCCCACAGUCUUCCGAGGGUGCCAGGCCCAGCAGCUGGCCGUGCGCCUCGAGCCCCAGGGCCUGCUGUAUGCCAAGCUGACCCUGUCGGAGCAGCAGGAAGCCCCCGCCACAGCUGAGCCCCGCGUCUUCGGGCUACCCUUGCCGCUGCUGGUGGAGCGGGAACACUCCCCAGGCCAGGUGCCCCUCAUCAUCCAGAAGUGUGUUGCGCAGAUCGAGCGCCGAGGGCUGCGGGUAGUGGGGCUAUACCGUCUAUGCGGCUCAGCAGCAGUGAAGAAAGAGCUUCGGGAUGCAUUUGAGCGUGACAGUGCAGCUGUCUGCCUCUCCGAGGACCUGUACCCUGAUAUCAAUGUUAUCACUGGCAUCCUCAAGGAUUAUCUUCGAGAGUUGCCCACACCGCUCAUCACCCAGCCCCUCUAUCAGGUGGUGCUGGAGGCCAUGGCCCAAAGUCCCCCAAGCAGGGCCCCCCCCAGCCCUGAUGGCACCCGAGGGCUCCUCAGUUGUUUGCCGGAUGUGGAAAGGGCCACGCUGACGCUCCUCUUGGACCACCUGCGCCUCGUCUCCUCUUUCCACGCCCAUAACCGCAUGACCCCGCAGAACCUGGCCGUGUGUUUCGGACCCGUCCUGCUUCCAUCGCGCCAGGCGCCCGCCCGGCCCCGCGCCCGCGGCUCCGGCCCAGGUCCCUCCAGCGCAGUGGAUUUCAAGCGCCACAUCGAGGUGCUGCACUACCUGCUGCAGUCUUGGCCAGAUCCGCAGCGGCCCCAGGAGGCUCCGGACGUGGCCCCGUGCGUGCUGCCCAGACGACAGCCGGUUCUGCGCUUGCCGCUGGCAGGCCCCGAAGUGGUGACUCGACCCCGCGGCAGGGGUGGCCCUGAGAGCCCCCCGAGCAACCGCUACGCUGGCGACUGGAGCGUGUGCGGGCGGGACUUUCUGCCCUGCGGGCGGGAAUUCCUGUCCGGCCCCGACUACGACCACGUGACGGGCAGUGACAGCGAGGACGACGAGGCGGGCGAGCCGAGGGGUGCCGCCCACUUCGAGGACGACUUUGAUGCGCCCUUCAAUCCGCACCUGAAUCUUAAAGACUUUGACGCCCUCAUCCUGGACCUGGAAAGGGAGCUCUCCAAGCAGAUCAACGUGUGCCUCUGAGCUGCGGGUGCCACCGAGGACGGGCUCCCGGUUGCUAAGGCGAGGCCCUAACGACCGAGGAGGACCAGACCUGUUGCUCAACCCGAGCUCCUGGUUGCUAGGGAGUUGCCAAGAGACCAGCCACCCGUUGCUGAGAAUCAUUCCCAGUUUCCAGCGCCCAGUAUUUGGGCACUGGUUGUAAAGGCCAGGGACGGGGGAUUUUAGGGACCAGCUGUGUGGUUAUGUUUCUUGAGCACCAAGGACUUCUCCUAUUGUGGCCAAAAGGCAGUUCUCCCGCUUGCUAGGCUGGCCUCCCUCGUCUCCCCUUGGCUAGGGAAACCAGUUAUAGUGAGCAUCACCCUGGGGUGCUGAGACACCCCCUACUCAGUCCUCUUGCUGCUGCAAACCAAAUCAGUAUUAGCUUUGAGCACUGCACUGUUUCUCCCUCCCUUGGAGGACCCAAGGACUAUCAUGAGGUGCUGUUUUGGGGAGAGGGGGCAGCCCCUAUCCUGGGCUCCAGCUGGAUAGGGGCAGCCUGGGGCUUAUAGAAAAACAGCUUGUUUCCCCACCCUCUUUUCCAAGGAAGACCCCAUGACUGGCCUCCAACCAGCAAACGGGGGUAACAGAGUCUGGCCCUUCCGCUCCCCAAUUUCCCCUUCCUCACCCCUGAAACAAUUGAGCACUUAACCCCUCCCUCUCGGAGGGGCCCCACCUGAAGCAUCAGGCUGGGGGCACUUUGGUACGGAACAUAUUUAUUGCCUCCGUGCAUGUGUGUGUCUGUGUGUGAGGAACAGUGUGCGUGGACAUGUCUGCAGCAGGCGUGUGGGGCUCUUUCAGGGACCACAGGGGGGAAAAGUUUGAAAUGCCCAGGCACCCUGAAAUCCCACCCAGUCAUGGUGCCUCAGUGGGCCCCAGAGUUCCAGUGGGAGAGUAGGGUCCCCUCCCGUCUCCACUUUCCAUCACCUCCAUCUUUGUGGACAAUAAAUCAAUAUGCACAGA